UGUUCAUACAGAGGUCUAUCAGUCGAAGCAAUGGAGCUCACAAGUGUGGAUGAUUUUAGAGAGAGAGCAUGGAGUUUACUUCCGAAAGGUCCAUUGGAUUACUACAGAAGUGGUGCUGGAGAUGAAUAUUCUUUGCGUCUCAAUCAAUCGGCAUUUGAUAGAAUCCGUAUCAGACCGACAUACCUCAAAGAUGUCUCCGAAAGAACAACAAAAACCAAUGUUCUGGGGAUUAAUAUGGAUAUGCCGGUUGGUAUAGCUCCAACAGCAAUGCAAAGAAUGGCCCAUCCUGAAGGUGAAGUUGCAAAUGCUAAGGCCGCUGCUGCAUCUGGAGUACUUUUUACAUUGAGUACCAUUGCAACAUCAUCAAUUGAGGAAGUUGCUGAGGCUACACCGGAAAGCAACAAAUGGUUUCAACUCUAUAUCUACCGAGACAGAGAGCUGACCAAGAAUUUGGUAAGAAGAGCUGAAAAGAAUGGAUACAAGGCAAUAGUUCUAACCGUUGACGCUCCCUUAUUUGGCCUGAGAAGACGCGACGUUAAGAACAAGUUCACCUUAGCUCCUCAUCUGCAAUUAGCCAAUUUCGUAGGUGAGAAGGCCACAGGAGUUCAUAAUUCCGAAGGAGGAUCAGGACUACUUGAGUAUGUCAAUAAGCAAUUUGAUGACUCCAUCACCUGGGAAGAUGUUAAAUGGCUCGUUGAGUUUACAAAACUCCCCGUCAUUGCUAAGGGUAUCCUAACGGCUGAAGAUGCAACAACAGCCGUUCAAUGUGGCUGCAGAGGGAUAAUUGUAUCAAAUCACGGAGCUCGUCAAAUAGACGGGGUACCAGCUUCAAUUGAGGCUCUACCAGAAGUUGUAGCAGCUGUUGGGGAACGUGUCACCGUGAUGAUGGACGGUGGAAUUCGACAAGGAACAGAUGUUUUCAAAGCUCUCGCCUUGGGGGCUAAACUUGUCUUCAUUGGACGUCCUGCAAUUUGGGGAUUGACAGCUGAUGGGCAGAGGGGUGUUGAAACUAUCCUGAAGAUUAUUAAAAAUGAAUUGAAUAUUUGUAUGGCCAUAGCAGGGUGCCCUACUGUCUCCGAUAUCUCAAGGAAGUAUGUAGUUCAUGAAAGUUACUACAGCAAAUUGUAGUUCAAAGGAUAAGAAUCGUUUUUGAAUAAAUAAAAUUGUUUAAAAAAAAAA